CCACUAUCACACUUUAUCCUGUGCCAUAUAUUUUAAACUGAUGUUUAAAUAAAUGAAAUGCCAAGUACCAAUAUGAUAUCCAUCACAUAAUUUCUAAAGUACCGUUGUUGUUUUUUUCUUUUUCAUUUACACAAUCAGUAAUGAUUGCACAAAACGUGAAUUUCCGUCCUAGCACACUUUCAAACAUACUUUGUUUGUUUUAGCACAUUGGCUUUGACAUGGUGUAAUCUGUACGAGAUUUACAGACGGCGCACAUUUCAUCAUGGCGAGCGUUGCAUCAGCCACGAGCGCACCAUCAUCUCAAGAGGUACUUGAGAAUAAUGAUGUGGCUGGAAAUGCCUCUAGCUUUAAGGCUGCAGACACAGUGAUACAGUUAGCACAGACUCAUAAGCCAAAACCUGACCCCAAUGGCCUGGUGUUUGGGACGGUCUUUACUGACCACAUGCUGACCAUUGAGUGGAGUCUUGAGGAAGGCUGGCAGAAACCGCACAUCCAGCCUUUUGGGAACCUGUCCAUACAUCCAGGCUGUUCUUCCCUGCAUUACGCUGUACAGCUUUUUGAGGGUAUGAAGGCGUACCGGGGGCCAGAUAACAAAGUACGUCUCUUCAGACCCUUGAUAAACAUGAAGCGGAUGCAGAAGUCCGCCCACAGGGCCUGUCUGCCUAGUUUUGAUUGUGCAGAGUUAUUGGAGUGCAUCAGGAAGUUGGUGGAGGUGGAUCAGGAUUGGGUUCCUCACUCAGACUCUGCCAGUUUGUACAUCCGUCCAACCUUCCUGGGCACAGAGCCCACCCUUGGUGUCAAGAAGCCCAACAAGGCAUUGCUUUUUGUCAUCCUUAGCCCUGUGGGCUCAUACUUCAGCACGGGUGCUAAACCAGUGUCACUGUGGGCCGACUCCAAAUACAUCAGAGCUUGGAGAGGAGGGACAGGAGACUGCAAGAUGGGAGGGAACUAUGGCGCGUCUAUCUAUGCCCAGUAUGAGGCAGUGGAUUACGGCUGUCAGCAGGUUCUGUGGCUGUACGGGGACGACCAUCAGAUCACAGAGGUCGGCACCAUGAACCUUUUCCUCUACUGGAUCAAUGAGAAAGGAGAGGAGGAGCUUGCAACACCACCUUUAGAUGGCAUUAUUUUGCCGGGCGUUACACGACAAAGCAUCCUAGAACUUGCUCGCAAAUGGGGUGAGUUCAAAGUAUCCGAGUGCUAUUUGACCAUGGCUGACCUGCAGCAGGCUCUGGAGGAAAACCGAGUGAGGGAGAUGUUUGGUUCUGGAACCGCUUGUGUUGUUAGUCCAGUUGGCAGGAUCUUAUAUCAGGGAGAGAAUCUACAUAUUCCAUGUGAAGGAAGCUUUCCUCCACUUGCCUCCAGACUGCUAAAAGAGCUCACAGAUAUUCAGUAUGGACGGACCCCCAGUGACUGGUCUUGCAUCGUAUAAAGAAACCUCACCUAUGUCAAAGUACACAAGCUCUUCAACACAUUUAAAACAUGCACAUCAUACAAAAAAGCUUUAUUUGUGGCUCCAUGGAAUAAUUACUUGCCACACUUUAUGUAUGUUUUUGUAAAAAGUUUACCAGCUAACUAAAACCUAGUCUAGCAAUAAUAUGUUGCUCAUUAGCAUACUAAACCACUCAGAUGCCUCGUUAUGAUCACAGUUUAUUCUAAUCAUCAGUAACCAGCAGAUCAAAGUUGGUGACCAACUGUUUCAUUAAAACUAGUUGAUAUUGCUGUUAUAUGAAGUAUAUGAGAUAUUUCCUCACUGUAUAGUUAGAUUCACCUUUCAGUGGAACUAUAAAUUAACUUUAUUAUUGAUGCUGGUAAUAAUAUGCAGUUACUGUCAUAUUGCACAAACUCCUUAAACAUAUGAAAGACAUUUAUAGAUAUUUAAGGUAGUAUGUUGUUGUGGGUAGAACUUUAUUUUUAAAAACAUUUUUAUCUGUGCAUUUUAAUGUUGUAACAUUUUGAAAGAAGGUGUUAAUGUUUAACAUGUUUAACAUCUAAAACAUUUUUAAUGUUGUAAUGUUUACUUUCACCUGAUAAUUGUGGUUACAGAUGUUUUUUUUUUUAAAUGCUUCCAUUCCAAGCACACAAGUUGACAUGGAGAUCAUAUUUGCACCUUAAGGGAACCUUAAAAUGUAUUUGUUUAAAGAUGUUUGUACGAUUGAACUGAUCCGUCAUUUCUUGUAGACAUUUGUUGCUAGGAAUAAGAUUAUAACAUUUACAAAAGCACAAAUAAAUGUAGAGAGAUUUAGAGAUAUGUAAUACUAUUACUGUUAAUUGCCAAAGUAUUUUAGUGAUGUUCUGAGUAUUUUGUGAUGUGAUUUAAUAAAUAAAUAAAUUUU